GAUGUUUUUUUUGCUCAUGUUGAAACAACCCAGAUACAGAGACGCUAGCAACAGAAAACAUUAUCGUCUCAGAAAACACAUUGUGCUGCCCAGCAAGACACAGACUCCAAGGACUUUCUGAUGCACUAGCUUUUGUGGAGCCAAAAGGGACUGAAAAUUAUCACCACACAAGGACAUAAAGCAUCUCGAUGUGUGCCGGUGCAGUCUGAGUAUACUUCAUAUACUUCAUCCUCUUUUGGAGUGGCAAGAGGAAAAACAGAGAAACUUCACUCUGGAAUCUUUAAAAAGUGACAAGGGGAGAGAAGAAGAAGCUACUAGUGCACCUCAAAGGAUAAACACACAGCGUUUCCCAUCUCCAGCGAUGGCUGUACGUCCAGUGGAGACAGUGGGUUUCAAUAUGCUUCCUGCUCACUUGAUGGCUUCUGCUAUGGAAGAGUUCCCACAGCAGCUCCCCGUACCCAAGGGCCCAGCUCGGGGCCGCAGUCGUCCCAAGCGACCACGAGAGGCCCGCUUCAAAACUCAGCCAGUGACCUUUGCAGAGAUCGCAGAGGUGGAGGAGGAAGGAGCUUCACCACUGGAGGAGGAGAGAGCACGGCGCUCCUUCUUGCAGUCACUAGAGAGCCUGAGGAGGAGCACACAAUCUCUGCAACACACAGGAACCACACAGCGUGGCAGAACCAGCACACCGACGCAAGCUAGCCUGGACUCAAGUGAUUCGGACUCAGCCCAAUGAGAGGUUGACAGAGAGAGUGAGAGAAAAAGAGAGAGCUCUGUCUUCUACAUGUGAUCUGUUGUUAUUUUGUAAAGCUUACUUACUGGACUGGACUCCAGUGUGUUAAGCUCUUUUGCACAUAACCUCUUGAUGCUUACAUUGCAGCUAUAACAUAGUAACAGCAUUUUAUACAAACGUUUGUGUCACUCCAGUCAAGCAUCGGCAAGCUGAAUCGUUUAUGCUUCUUAGUUUUAGCGUUUCAAUUUUUUUUUUUCCUAACUACUUAAAUACCUUAAAUAUUCCAGAAAUAUUUGCUAUACUUGAGAGGCCUAUUAUUCAUUGUGAGAUUUGAAAUGAUUAUAUGUUCUAGUUACAAUUCCACUGGACAAGACAGAUGCUUUAUCACUGUUUAUAUUUGCCACUUUAUCCUGAUUGUGCUGUCGAGUCAUGGAUGGAACCUUGGUCUGUAGACGAAUAGGAGGUUGGUUCGUAUGACUUGAGUCUGCCAGAGUAGAACGUCUACUAAUGAACUCAGAUGUUUAUCUUAUUAAUAACAGUGAAAUUAGAAAUGUUUUGUUGACACUGUUGGCCUGUAAGGUCACAAGAAAAAAAGAAAUGAAAUGAUGUCUUUAUACUAUUGUUUUUCUUUUACUAUCUUUGUAAAAAAAAUAUAUAUAUAUAUAUUUCAUACUUAUUUUAAUAAAUAUAUAUGUAUAUGUAUAUGAAUAUUA